AUGCCCGGCAAGACGCCCAAGAGCAACGGCAAUGAGCCGAUCGAAAACGGCUUCAGGAAUAACGGCGACAUCGACAUGAAAGACGCUAGCAAGACUAAAGGCAAGAAGGGUGCCAAGGAUGGCGACGAGGAGAUGACAGUUGUAGUGCCCCCAUCAAAGGGUUCAAAACAAGCGUCCAAACAGCCUCACGAUGCCGAUGGUGACGUGUCGAUGAGUGGUGAGGACACAGCCGACAACGGUGAGGCCAAGGUUGAUCCUGUUGUCCAAACAGUAGCAGAUAUCAAAAGCAACUUUGCAUUAUUAGAUCGUGCUGUUGCAUUGUUCGAUGCAAGGUUUUCUCUACGGGCCCUUCGAUCCAUCUCCCUGAUUCGCAAGCACCUGACGGCAGACAUUAUUGGCCAAGCCAUUGUCGACACCUUCCCGGCUACUAUCACAUCUGGCAACAUUGCGAAAACUCUUCUGGUUGCCAUCGGCCGGGAGAGUAUGCCUCUGGGCCGCCAGUCUGGUUCCGAAAUGGAUGUUGACUCUGUUGAUACCAAGGCUUCUAAGAAUGGCAAGAAGGAGAACAAAGAGAUCAUCCCGGAGAUUGACAUUUUCCUCGGCAUCCUCAUCCAAGUAUAUCUUUUCGAUGCGAAGAAGUAUCAGCAGGGUGCAGACUUCUCCAAAUAUCUUUCCGACCGCAUUCAGUCUCUGAACCGCCGCACCCUCGACUCUCUCUCUGCCAAGGUCUAUUUUUACUAUUCUCUCUUCUGUGAGCACAUCGGGCCCCUGCCGCCAUCCCCCGAGUCGCCAAUCGUCUCCAUCCGCCCAACUCUGCUAGCUGCUUUGCGGACAGCCGUACUGCGAAAGGAUAUCGACACUCAGGCAUCAGUCAUUGUGCUUCUCUUGCGAAACUACCUCUUGACUUCGCACAUUAGCCAGGCUGAUUUGCUCGUCUCUCAUACUCAAUUUCCUGAGAAUGCGGUUAAUAACCAGGUAGCCCGGUUUCUGUACUACCUUGGUCGUAUCAGGGCCAUCCAGCUGCGAUACACGGAGGCUCACGAGCAUCUGACUGCCGCCACCCGCAAGGCCCCGUCCAGUAAUUGCGCUGUUGGCUUCUCACAGACAGCAACUAAGCUUCUGAUGGUUGUUGAAUUGUUGAUGGGUGAUAUUCCCGAAAGAGCCACCUUCCGACAGCCUGCUCUGGAAGACGCUCUUCACCCAUACUUCUUGCUUGUGCAAGCUGUUCGUGUCGGCAACCUAGAGGACUUUGAGACGACGAUUGCAGACCACGCUGAUACGUUCCGACGUGAUGGAACCUACUCCCUCAUUCUUCGUCUUCGACAGAAUGUCAUUAAGACGGGUAUACGUAUGAUGUCGCUAUCCUAUUCUCGGAUCUCGCUGCGGGAUAUCUGUAUCCGCCUCCACCUUGGCAGCGAAGAGUCUGCCGAAUACAUCGUAGCCAAAGCCAUUAGAGAUGGCGUUAUUGAAGCCACUCUGGAUCGUGAGCGUGGAUUUAUGAAGAGCAAGGAAGUUGGAGAUGUCUACGCCACGCGAGAGCCUGGAGAGGCAUUCCACGACCGAAUUCGGGCUUGUCUCGCCCUGCAUGACGAGAGCGUCAAGGCCAUGCGUUUCCCAAUGAAUCAGCACCGCCUGGAGCUUAAAAACGCCCAGGAGGCACGAGAGCGUGAACGCGAAAUGGUCAAGGAGAUACAGGAAGGCGAUCUAGACGAAGAUGAUCUAGGUGGCGACUUUGAAGGCAUCUAA